AUGGAUAAUGCCUCAAAACAACUAUAUGCUUCUCCUCCCCCCUUUUGCCCUUUUGCACGCUUUACAAACAACGAAGAGGAGUAUCAACUGAUACAUUUCGGAGAGUCACCGAUUCUUUCUAAUGUCGCAGACGACAAGUCUUCACAAUCAUCCUCACCUCACUUCCGUCCAUUAGAUUGGUGCAACACCAUAGAUGGUACAUACGAAGCCAUCUUAUGCGGGGUUUGCAUGAGUCCUAUCAUUGAUACCCCAUUUUAUUCUUGCAAAGAAUGUCUUUACAUUUUUUCACAACGAAAUGUUAAUGGCUUUCACAAAGAGUGUAUCGAGCCGGUAUCGAAGCACCCUUAUCAUCCUAAACAUUCUCUUCGGUUUAUUCAUUAUUUUGAAUUGCGUCCUGAUAAUAAGCUAUGCUUUUGUUUAAAUAAUAGUGCUUCGGUAUACAACUGCUCUCUAUGCGAUUUUACUAUAUGUCAACCUUGUUCGAGAAAUCCACCACUCCUUGCAAUAGACAAUCCAAAGAAGCAUAUGCAUACCCUCUUCUACUUUCCUAGAAAAGGCUCAAUGAUUUGUGACGUUUGUUCUUUUAGUGAUCAAAGUUCUUUGGUGUAUUCUUGCACUCAGUGUGAUUUUCUAACCCACAUGAAUUGUGUGUAUUUCCCAUGCGUCAUUAAAAUUUCGCGUCAUCAACACCGCCUCUCGUUCAUUUCCUCACCUACUCCAGGCAAAUGGUGGUGUGGAGUGUGUCGUGGAAAGAUAGACAUAAACUAUGGAAGGUAUUCUUGCGUUAAGGGUUGCAACUAUGGGGUUCAUUCUAAAUGUGCGACACGAAAAGAUGUAUGGGAUGGGAAAGAACUUGAGGGAACACCAGAAGAUGAAUAUGAAGAAGAUAUUACUAAGUCGUUUUACGAAAUAAGUGACGGCAUUAUACAACAUUUCAGUCAUCCAGAUCAUCAUAUGAGACUUAAUGCAGAGACUGAUAGAGCAUUUGACGAGAACAAAUAUUGUCAAGCAUGCACACUUCCUGUAUGUGAUGGUAUUAUUUACAAUUGCAUGCAAUGUGAGUUUGUUCUCCAUCAAGAAUGUGCACAUCUUCCUCGGAAGAAACAACACGCGACACAUCCUCAUCCCCUUAGUUUACAAGUGGAACAUCAAGAUGGUUGGUUCACAUGUGAAGCUUGUGAUCGUAGAAGCAACGGUUUCGGGUACUUGUGUUGUGAAAGAGACUGUGACUAUAUGUUAGACAUGUGUUGCGCUUCCAUAGACGAGCCAUUUGAUCAUCCGCAUCAUCCACACCCCUUGUAUCUUACAUUUGACCCUGAAACUUUGCAAUACUGUUGGAUUUGCCAAAAAAUGGGAGUUAUGCGUCUAAAUUGUGGAGAAUCAUAUUCAUGUGGUUUUGUUUUGUGUUUUGGUUGUGCCACAUUGCCGACUAAAUUGAGGUACAAGCAUGAUCAGCAUUUCCUCAUAUUUGGUUAUGAUAAAGACGCGAGUGGUAAGUAUGUGUGUGAUGUUUGUGAACAAGAAGCAGAUCCAAAGAGUGGAAUUUAUACGUGCAGCGAUUGCAACGCCACAUUGCAUAUUCAAUGUCUACUUGGACUUAGAGAGGACAUGUAUAUGAUGCCUAGAAGAGAAGAAUUCAUAUUCCGUGAAUUUAAUGUGACCGUUCUUCCCAAUAAUCAUCUUAGUCGCAACAUAUGCAAGUGUUGCCAUAAUCGUUGUUCGAAUAAAGUGGUCUACAAAAUCUCUGAUACUGUAAAAGUAUGCUCUCUAUUCUGUAUAUAUGAAUGGUGGCACAUAAAGAACUAUUCUUAA